AUGCACGUUUAGGCUUUGGCAGAAGUGGCAUUGUGACAGCGGACAGAGAACAGAAAACACCAUUCUCAUACAGUCAUGAAGGAGAUCAUGGCACAAAAAGAGAAGCUUCAGUGCCUGAAGGACUUCCAUAAGGACACUCUGAAGCCAUCCCCGGGGAAAAGUCCUGGCACCCGACCUGAGGAUGAGGCUGAGGGCAAACAUCCUCAGCGAGAGAAGUGGGCCAGCAAGCUUGAUUUUCUUCUGUCUGUGGCUGGAGGCUUUGUUGGGUUAGGAAACGUCUGGCGUUUCCCAUACCUUUGCUAUAAGAAUGGCGGAGGCGCAUUUCUCAUCCCAUACUUCAUUUUCCUGUUUGGUGGAGGCCUACCUGUGUUUUUCCUGGAGGUGGCUCUUGGCCAGUUCACCUCCCAGGGAGGAAUCACUUGUUGGGAAAAAAUCUGCCCUAUCUUUACUGGUAUCGGCUAUGCUUCCAUCGUGAUCGUUUCCCUGCUGAACAUCUACUACAUUGUGAUUUUGGCUUGGGGCUUGUAUUACCUGUUCCAGUCCUUCCAUCCUGACCUUCCCUGGGCCAGCUGCGAUAAUGCCUGGAACACAGAAAACUGUAUAGAGGACACACUCCGCAAGAACAUGAGUCUAGGGGGGUCUGCCCAUAACUUCACGUCACCUGUCACCGAGUUCUGGGAGCGCAACGUCCUCAGUAUUUCUGAUGGCAUUGAGAACAUGGGCUCUGUUAAAUGGGACCUGGCUUUAUGUCUCCUUGCUAUGUGGGUCAUCUGUUUCUUCUGCAUAUGGAAGGGUGUUAAGUCCACAGGAAAGGUUGUGUACAUCACGGCAACCUUCCCGUUUGUCAUGCUGGCUAUCCUCCUUAUCCGGGGUGUCACACUUCCUGGGGCAACUGAGGGCAUCAAAUUCUAUCUGUAUCCAAAUGUCACCCGUCUGCAGGAUCCUGAGGUUUGGAUUGAUGCAGGGACACAGAUUUUCUUUUCCUAUGCCAUUUGUCUGGGAGCGAUGACAUCACUGGGGAGCUACAACAAGUACAAAUACAACUGCUACAGGGACUGUUUGCUGCUGGGAGGCCUGAACAGCGCUACCAGUUUUGUGUCUGGCUUCGCAAUAUUUUCCAUCCUGGGCUUCAUGGCACAAGAGCAAGGGGUGGACAUUGCCGAUGUGGCAGAGUCAGGUCCUGGCUUGGCCUUCAUUGCUUACCCUAAAGCUGUGACGAUGAUGCCACUGCCUACAUUUUGGGCCAUUCUCUUCUUCAUCAUGCUUCUGCUACUAGGUCUCGACAGUCAGUUUGUUGAAGUGGAAGGACAGAUCACCUCACUGGUGGAUUUGUAUCCAUCCUUCCUACGGAAGGGUUACCGUCGAGAAAUCUUCAUAGCUAUAAUAUGCUUUAUCAGCUACCUGCUGGGACUUACCAUGGUCACUGAGGGUGGCAUGUAUGUGUUUCAACUCUUUGACUACUAUGCAGCCAGUGGUGUGUGCCUUUUGUGGGUUGCAUUCUUUGAAUGCAUUGCAGUAGCCUGGAUUUAUGGUGCUGAUAAUUUCUAUGAUGCAAUUGAGGACAUGAUUGGAUACAGACCAAAUCCUUGGAUGAAGUGGUGCUGGACUGCAAUCACACCUUUUCUUUGUGUGGGAUGCUUCAUUUUCUCUUUGGUCAAAUACAAGCCUCUGAAGUACAACAAAAUCUAUGAGUAUCCGGACUGGGCCGUUGGUUUGGGCUGGACCCUUGCUCUCACCUCCAUGAUUUGCAUCCCUAUGGUGGUUGUGAUCAAGAUCAUCCAGUCUGAAGGCCCUCUCAUUGAGAGGAUUAAAGCAGUGGCAGCUCCAGUGCGAGGCAGUACAAAUUCAUGUCCUCAGGAGUACCGACCCAAGGGCUCAGAAAUAGCACAUCCCCUUGACCCCAAUGGGAACAACGGCUCGAUCAAGCCCAGCCACACUAUUGUAGAAACCAUGAUGACACAGAAGCUGGUGAAGGAAUGAUGGUUUAUAGCUGCUAUAAUGUAAGUGAUGACAUGAACUAACUUGUUUUAUGGACAUUCCACAAUAUUAAAAGUAACUAUAAAUUGAUAAAUGUUCUUUAAAUAAUAAAGAAAUGCUCUGGUAUAAGUGGAAUAAAAAUAAAACAAUUCUGAAUGUUGGUAUUAGAAAGUAAUCCACUUUGGGGUGGUAACAGUAACUGUGUUAUCACAUCAACCCGUCAUUUAUUAUUGUCCGAUAACAGUCAUGCCGUAUUUCAUUCCCUACUCUGUAAAUGUUUUACAGAUACACCACCACCAUUUUCAUUCCCCAAUAAAGCAUUGUGAUAGUGUGAUCUCAGCAGCAUAUUGUACAUAACUGAUUCUCAAACACUAUAAUCUUCUGUUUCGUAGAAUAAGCAUCAUUGACUUGCAUCAAAUAAUCAAUAUACCAAUUAUUGUUGGCUUCUCUGUUUAGCAUUGAUUUAAGUGAUAUUUGAAGGGUUGGCUUUAAUGAUGUUUUCUCCUUGUAUGUAUAGUAACAGAUUUUCAUACUAUAUUUUUUCUGCAAUGACAAUACAUCUUUUUUAGGAUUACUAUUACAAAUACAUACAGUGUUUAAGAUAAAAUGUAGUAGAAAGUAUUUAUAAUUUGGCCAUUUGUGAGUGAAAUAAAUAAACAAAGAAAUAUAAUACUAAAGACACAAAUGAAGAUUUAGAUUGCAAUGAUCAAAGUUCAGAUUUUUACAUUUACUAUCUAUUAUUGACAUAAAACCCAUUAUUUAUAUACUGUUAUCCCAAGUCCAUUAACUAUGCACAACAAAUUUUAUUCUAUUUUUCAUAUGCCAAUUUUUAAAUAUCCUUAUAUUGAAUCACAUACCAUUGGAAAGGUUACUUCAUAAAACAAGAUGCUAUGUAGAAAUCUUUGAAGGGUAUAUAAAUACAUGCACUGUAUUUAUAUAUAAUUUAUUGAUUUAAUCAGUUAUUUUGUUCACUGUUUUAUUUUUGAUUUGUUGGUGCAAAUAUGAACAAUAUAUUUUCUCAGCCUUUUUAAGUUGUUUUCUUUCUUUUAGUAAUCCAUAAAUAUUAAACUAAAUAUUGCUAACAAAGUCUGACAAAUGAGUUGUAAUCACAAUAAAAAUAAAACAAACCAGAAAUCA